AUGGCACAAGGUCAGCGCGUGACCUCAUGGGAUGGCCUAGCGGUUUCCAUGGUCAUGAGGCUGCCACCACCUGUCACAUUAACUGGUAUCUUGCCCAUCCACGACUUCCCGACUGCCCCACACCCGUGUAGCGAGUCGGAUCGGCGAGCGUCGGGCAGUCGCGUCGGGCAGUCGCGUCGGGAAUGUCGGCGGCAGCGUGAGAACACAGGCAGGUGUUCGGGCGGCGAGGAAGGCGCCCGCAGACGGACACUCUCACAGCUGAUUAGACAAACGGCCGAAGCUAUCUUAGACGCCGCGCCCAGCACACUAAGCCACCGACAGUAUCCCUCAUUGCCUUUGCCGAAAAAGCCCGUACAGCAAACUCAACCAGACCACACCCCGGACCCGAAAAAUCCAAACGUGGGGCACAUUAAUCUUGCAGUCACUACUAGGAUGCCCAAACUGACCAUAAACCAAUAUGUGCUUCAACAAGCCGUAGCGCUGCGACUGCGCGAGCCGUGCCUCUCACCCACCCGGCCGGGCCCCGCCCUUCUAUGCCCCCACCACCCCACCCCGGGAGCCCCUCCUGACACGUUCAAUCCAGUUCACCUGCACCUGCAUCCCCGCUCGCUAUCAUCUCUGAUAUGCAAAAACUUCUCCCACAAAACCUCCACAACAGAACCUCUUUCACGUGACUUCAAUCACAGAACCUCUCCCACAGACCUCCACAACAGAACUCUCCCACAGAACUCCACAGCAGAACCUCUCCUACAAACCUCCAUAAAGGAACCACUCUCACAGAACCUCUCCCACAGAACCUCCACACAGAACCUCUCCCACGAACCUCUCCACAUGAACCUCUCCCACAGAACCUCCACAACAGAACCUCUCCCACAGAACCACUCUCACAGAACCUCUCCCACAGAACCUCCACAACAGAACCUCUCCCACAGAACCUCCACAACAGAACCUCUCCCACAGAACCUCUCCCACAGAACCUCCACAACAGAACCUCUCCCACAGAACCACUCUCACAGAACCUCUCCCACAGAACCUCCACCACUCUCACAGAACCUCUCCCACAGAACCUCCACAACAGAACCUCUCUCACGUGACUUCAAUCGCAGAACCUCUCCCACAGAACCUCCACAACAGAACCUCUCCCACAGAACCACUCUCACAGAACCACUCUCACAGAACCACUCUCAUAGAACCUCUCCCACAGAACCUCUCCCACAGAACCUCCACAGCAGACCCUCUCCCACAGAACCACUCUCACAGAACCUCUCCCACAGAACCUCCACCACUCUCACAGAACCUCUCCCACAGAACCUCCACAACAGAACCUCUCCCACAGAACCACUCUCACAGAACCACUCUCACAGAACCACUCUCAUAGAACCUCUCCCACAGAACCUCUCCCACAGAACCUCCACAGCAGACCCUCUCCCACAGAACCACUCUCACAGAACCUCUCCCACAGAACCACUCUCACAGAACCUCUCCCACAGAACCUCCACAACAAAACCUCUCCCACAGAACCUCCACAACAAAACCUCUCCCACAGAACCACUCUCACAGAACCUCUCCCACAGAACCUCCACAACAAAACCUCUCCCACAGAACCUCCACAACAAAACCUCUCCCACAGAACCUCCACAGCAGAACCACUCUCACAGAACCUCCACAACAAAACCUCUCCCACUGAACCUCCACAACAAAACCUCUCCCACAGAACCUCCACAACAAAACCUCUCCCACAGAACCUCCACAGCAGAACCUCCUCCAGGCUCCGAGCGAGAGAGACGGCCGUUCCCGGGAAGACAUAAUGGUUCACUCGCUUAA